AUGCUUCUGUGCAGAAGACCUUUACUUGUCCCCAUCGCCGGGCUCCCAGGGGGCAGCGGGCAGGCCGGGUAUGGGCAUGGGGUGCCUUUCCUCCCGAGCUGCCCGUGUCGCUCUUGUCCCGCAGGCCCGGGGCCGGAGCUGAGCGGCCCGAGCCCCCCGCAGAAGCUGCCGGUGCCCGCGCCCAGCGGCCGGCCCUCGCCCGCGCCCCCUGCAGCAGCGCCACCGCCCGCGGCCGCCGUGCCCGGGCCCUCGGUGCCGCAGCCGACCCCGGGGCAGCCCUCGCCCAUCCUGCAGCUGCAGCAGAAGCAGAGCCGGAUCAGCCCCGUCCAGAAACCGCAGGGCCUGGACCCCGUGGAGAUUCUGCAGGAGCGGGAGUACAGACUUCAGGCUCGCAUAGCCCAUAGGAUACAGGAACUGGAAAAUCUCCCUGGCUCUUUGCCACCAGAUUUACGAACCAAAGCAACCGUGGAACUGAAAGCACUUCGGUUACUCAAUUUCCAGCGUCAGCUGAGACAGGAGGUAGUGGCCUGCAUGCGACGGGACACGACCCUGGAGACGGCCCUCAACUCCAAAGCAUACAAACGGAGCAAGCGCCAGACCCUGAGGGAAGCCCGCAUGACGGAGAAGCUGGAGAAGCAGCAGAAAAUCGAGCAGGAGAGGAAGCGUCGGCAGAAGCACCAGGAAUACCUGAACAGUAUUUUGCAACAUGCAAAAGAUUUUAAGGAGUACCAUCGGUCCGUGGCCGGGAAGAUCCAGAAGCUUUCCAAAGCAGUGGCCACUUGGCACGCCAACACCGAAAGGGAACAGAAGAAGGAGACCGAGCGGAUCGAAAAGGAGAGAAUGCGGAGAUUGAUGGCUGAAGAUGAAGAGGGCUAUAGAAAACUGAUCGAUCAAAAGAAAGAUAGGCGUUUAGCGUACCUUUUGCAGCAGACCGAUGAGUAUGUGGCCAACCUGACUAAUCUGGUUUGGGAGCAUAAGCAAGCCCAGGCGGCCAAAGAGAAGAAGAAGAGGAGGAGGAAGAGGAAGAAGGCUGAAGAGAAUGCGGAGGGGGAGGAGUCUGCCCUGGGACCAGAUGGAGAGCCCAUAGAUGAGAGCAGCCAGAUGAGUGACCUCCCUGUCAAAGUGACUCACACAGAAACCGGCAAGGUCCUGUUUGGCCCAGAAGCACCCAAAGCCAGUCAGCUGGACGCCUGGUUGGAAAUGAAUCCUGGUUACGAAGUUGCCCCGAGAUCGGACAGUGAAGAGAGUGAUUCUGAUUAUGAGGAGGAGGAUGAAGAGGAAGAGGCCAGUAGGCAGGAAACUGAAGAGAAAAUACUUCUGGAUCCAAACAGCGAAGAGGUUUCCGAGAAGGACGCUAAGCAGAUCAUCGAGACAGCUAAGCAAGACGUGGAUGAUGAGUACAGCAUGCAGUACAGUGCCAGGGGCUCCCAGUCCUACUACACAGUGGCCCACGCCAUCUCAGAGAGGGUGGAGAAGCAGUCGGCCCUCCUCAUCAAUGGGACCCUGAAGCAUUAUCAGCUCCAGGGCCUGGAAUGGAUGGUUUCUCUGUAUAAUAACAAUUUGAACGGAAUCUUAGCUGAUGAAAUGGGGCUGGGAAAGACCAUACAGACCAUUGCACUCAUCACUUAUCUGAUGGAGCACAAAAGACUCAAUGGCCCCUAUCUCAUCAUUGUUCCCCUUUCGACUCUAUCUAACUGGACGUAUGAAUUUGACAAAUGGGCUCCUUCCGUGGUGAAAAUUUCUUACAAGGGCACCCCUGCCAUGCGUCGUUCCCUCGUCCCCCAGUUACGGAGUGGCAAAUUCAAUGUCCUCCUGACUACUUAUGAGUACAUUAUAAAAGACAAGCACAUUCUUGCAAAGAUUCGGUGGAAAUAUAUGAUAGUGGACGAAGGCCACCGAAUGAAGAAUCACCACUGCAAGCUGACUCAGGUCCUGAACACUCACUACGUGGCCCCCAGAAGGAUCCUCUUGACCGGGACCCCCCUGCAGAAUAAGCUCCCGGAACUCUGGGCGCUCCUCAACUUCCUCCUUCCCACAAUUUUUAAGAGCUGCAGCACGUUUGAGCAGUGGUUUAAUGCUCCAUUUGCCAUGACUGGAGAAAGGGUGGACUUAAAUGAAGAAGAAACUAUAUUGAUCAUCAGGCGUCUGCAUAAGGUGUUGAGACCGUUUUUACUGAGGAGACUGAAGAAAGAAGUUGAAUCCCAGCUUCCAGAAAAAGUUGAGUAUGUGAUCAAGUGUGACAUGUCAGCUCUGCAGAAGAUUCUGUAUCGCCAUAUGCAAGCCAAAGGGAUCCUCCUCACAGACGGUUCGGAGAAAGAUAAGAAGGGGAAAGGAGGCGCUAAGACACUUAUGAACACUAUCAUGCAGUUGAGAAAAAUCUGCAAUCACCCAUAUAUGUUUCAGCACAUUGAGGAAUCCUUUGCUGAACACCUGGGCUAUUCAAAUGGGGUCAUCAAUGGGGCUGAGCUGUAUCGGGCCUCAGGAAAGUUUGAGCUACUUGAUCGUAUUCUGCCAAAAUUGAGAGCGACUAAUCACCGCGUGCUGCUUUUCUGCCAGAUGACGUCUCUCAUGACCAUCAUGGAGGAUUACUUUGCUUUUCGGAACUUCCUUUACCUGCGCCUUGAUGGCACCACCAAGUCUGAAGAUCGUGCUGCUUUGCUGAAGAAAUUCAACGAACCUGGGUCCCAGUAUUUCAUUUUCUUGCUGAGCACAAGAGCUGGAGGCCUGGGCUUAAAUCUCCAGGCAGCUGAUACCGUGGUCAUCUUUGACAGCGACUGGAAUCCUCAUCAGGACCUGCAAGCACAAGACCGUGCUCACCGCAUCGGCCAGCAAAACGAGGUCCGUGUGCUAAGGCUCUGCACCGUGAACAGUGUGGAGGAAAAGAUCCUCGCAGCCGCAAAGUACAAGCUGAAUGUGGAUCAGAAAGUGAUCCAGGCAGGCAUGUUUGAUCAGAAGUCUUCAAGCCACGAGCGGAGGGCAUUCCUGCAAGCCAUACUGGAGCACGAAGAGGAAAAUGAGGAAGAAGAUGAAGUACCCGACGAUGAGACUCUGAACCAAAUGAUCGCUCGACGAGAGGAGGAGUUUGAUCUUUUUAUGCGCAUGGACAUGGACCGGCGAAGGGAGGAUGCCCGGAACCCAAAACGCAAGCCCCGCUUGAUGGAGGAAGAUGAGCUGCCCUCCUGGAUUAUUAAAGAUGACGCCGAGGUGGAGCGGCUGACGUGUGAAGAAGAGGAGGAGAAGAUCUUCGGGAGGGGGUCUCGCCAGCGCCGGGACGUGGACUACAGCGACGCCCUCACAGAGAAGCAGUGGCUGAGGGCCAUUGAAGACGGCAAUUUGGAAGAAAUGGAAGAGGAAGUACGGCUUAAGAAACGAAAAAGACGAAGAAAUGUGGAUAAAGAUCCUGCAAAAGAAGAUGUGGAAAAGGCCAAGAAGAGGAGAGGUCGCCCUCCAGCUGAGAAACUGUCACCAAAUCCCCCUAAACUGACAAAGCAGAUGAACGCUAUCAUUGAUACUGUGAUAAACUACAAAGACAGGUGUAACGUGGAGAAGGUGCCCAGUAACUCUCAGUUGGAAAUAGAAGGAAACAGUUCAGGGCGACAGCUCAGUGAAGUCUUCAUUCAGUUACCUUCAAGAAAAGAAUUACCAGAAUACUAUGAAUUAAUUAGGAAACCGGUGGAUUUCAAAAAAAUAAAGGAAAGAAUUCGUAAUCAUAAGUACCGAAGCCUGGGUGACCUGGAGAAAGACGUCAUGCUUCUGUGUCACAAUGCUCAGACGUUCAACUUGGAGGGAUCCCAGAUCUACGAAGACUCCAUCGUCUUACAGUCAGUGUUCAAGAGUGCUCGGCAGAAAAUUGCCAAAGAAGAAGAGAGUGAGGACGAGAGCAACGAAGAGGAGGAAGAGGAAGAGGAAGACGAGUCAGAGUCAGAGGCAAAAUCUGUUAAGGUGAAAAUCAAGCUCAACAAAAAAGAUGAGAAAGGCCGAGACAAAGGAAAAGGCAAGAAAAGGCCAAAUCGAGGAAAAGCCAAACCUGUGGUGAGCGAUUUUGACAGUGAUGAAGAGCAGGAUGAAAAUGAACAGUCAGAAGCAAGCGGGACUGAUGAUGAGUGAUCAGUAUGGACAUUUUUUUCUUGGUAGAACUGAACUCCUUCUCCCCUCUCUCGCCUCCACUCAGUGAGUUCAUUUGUCAUAUGGGCACUGGGUUGUUUCUAUAUCAUUAUCAUCUAUAAGCUAGCUUUAGGAUAGUGCCAGACAAACAUAUGAUAUCAUGGUGUAAAGAAACACACACUCAUACACAAAUCUUUGUAACAUAUUGUGACCAAAUGGGCCUCAAAGAUUAAAACAAACAAAAAAGCUUUUGAUGGAAAAUAUGUGGGUGGAUAGUAUAUUUCUAUGGGUGGGUCUUGGUAACGGUUUGAUUGUGCCUGGUUUUAUCACCUGUUCAGAUGAGAAGAUUUUUUUUUGUCUUUUUGUAGCACUGAUAACCAGGAGAAGCCAUUAAAAGCCACUGGUUAUUUUAUUUUUCAUCAGGCAAUUUUCAAGGUUUUUAUUUGUUCGGUAUUGUUUUUUUUUUUUACACUGUGGUACAUAUAAGCAACUUUAAUAGGCGAUAAAUGUACAGUAGUUAGUUAGACUUCACCUACAUAGACAUUUUUCCAUUUUAUGCUCUAUGAUCUGAAAAAAACGCUUUUUGAAUUGUAUAAGAUUUAUGUCUACUGUAAACAUUGCUUAAUUUUUUGCUCUUGAUUUAAAAGAAAAGUUUUGUUGAAAUCGCUAUUGAAUAAUGCAAUCUAUCUAUCUAUAUAGUGUAAUGGAUGGCUUCUUUUGUCAACCUGAUCUCCUGUGUUACCAAUGUGUAUUGUCUCCUUCUCCCUAAAGUGUACUUAAUCUUUGCUUUCUUUGCACAAUGUCUUUGGUUGCAAGUCAUAAGCCUGAGGCAAAUAAAAUUCCAGUAAUUUCCAAGAAUGUGGUGUUGGUGCUUUCCUAAUAAAGAGAUAACAGCUGAGCUCAACAAACACUGCCUCUG